GAGCUCAUGUGACCAAAACCAACAAUGGAGGAAAGACGCGGCAUUGAUUUGACCUAUAUCGGUGAACGCAUCAUCAACAUAUUCUGCCUCCAUGAGUGUCCGCAGCAGAUGUACCUGCAGGAUCUGCAGGAGGUUCUUCUCAUGCUGCAAUCCAAGCAUGGACACAACUGCAUGCUUAUCAACCUGUCUGAGAAGAGCAACGCCCUCACCCAAAUGAAGCCCAAGGUUCUGGACAUGGGUUGGGUGGACCUCUUGGCUCCUGACCUGGAUCAGAUCUUCAGUGUGUGCACAGCGAUGGAGAAGUGGCUGCAAACACACCCAAAACAUGUGGUGGUGCUACACUGCAGGGGGGGAAAAAGCCGGACUGGAGUCCUGGUGGCGUCUUAUAUCCACUUCACCAGUACGUCAGACAGUGCAGAACUUUCUCUGGACCGUUUUGCCAUGAGGAGGUUCUAUACCGACCACCUCUCCGCUGUGAUGACACCCUCACAAAGACGGUAUGUGUGGAUGCUGGGGAGCAUGUUAAUGGGAGAUUUACAGAUGUGCUCCUCUCCAUGUUUCCUCCUCUGUGUUGUUCUUCAUGGACUUCCUCAAAUACAACCAGGUGGAGGAUGUUCUCUGUUCCUGAGAGUUUACCAGAGUCUACAAGCUGUCUGCACAUCACCAGUCUAUCAUGUGACUGCAGCUCAGACAGAGCGGCUCUACUUUGUUCUGCAACCUGCACAGCUGCUCAAAGGGGACAUCAUGGUGGCUUGUUAUGAUAAAAACAGCCGAUCGGCCAGUCGUCAGCUCAUCUUCCGACUCCAGUUUCACACAGGUGUCACACAUGGACACGCCCUCACCUUCUUGAAGGCGGAGCUUGACUGUGCCAAUGAAGACUGUCGGUUCCCAGAAGAUGGAAAAGUGGAGCUGAUGCUGUCAGACGGCCCUGAGAACUUUAAAGGCAGAACGCUGUGGCAGAACCCACUCUCUGUGACCGUGGACUAUGACACCUUGGACCCUGUGGUGAGAAGAGAUUCAUAUCAAGCCACGCUCACUCCUAAAAGUGCCCCAGAUCAUCUCCAAAAUCCUGGGAAUGAUGCUCUGUAUUCCAAAGUGAGGAAGGAGUGUAGUGGAGAAAGAGCAUUAUUCCAUCUGUCCACUCAAGUCCCAUCUGCCAACAGUGAUUCAGGCCUGUUGGUCACCUCACAAGGGUGUGCUGGUGGGUCAGUCACAAUCAAACCGAGGAGAGAAGUCAAACAGGACAACUGUCCACAGGCCAGAAAGCUCGUCUGUGGGCUGGCCCCUGAGCCAGCUCAGCCUCCACUGGAGGGCAUGACUGAGCUUCCUGUUUCCAGAAGAGGGGAGGUGGAGGCGACCAGAGAUGAGCCUGUCUUUGGGUGCAUCAAUGGAAAAGCUUUUUCCACCGAGAGGGAAACUGACAUAUUGGAUGAUGAGGAAAUAGAUGAUCUUAAUGUAGCAGCUUCUGCUUUACAGAUGUCAAAUUCAAGAAGAUUGUGGUCCCUCUCCUCUGAGAACCCACCUGAAGGGCGAGAAACAACUCUAAAGGAGUACUCCACUCACUCGUGGGUUCGGCAGCAGCAGAUGGCAGAUGUCCUCACGCACAGCUACCCGACAGCAGACAGAGAAGAGCAUUCAAACCCCAUGAAGCCGCCACCUUUGGUUGCUCCUGACACACCACCAAGGGGACUCAGUAGCAAGGAGGCGGUGCAGAAAGUGCUGAUAAAUAAAGACGGCGUACACAGCGUCCGACAAAACAGAGACAUGACUCAGGACACACACGGCGCGCCUUGCCAAGAUGAGGAGUUGGCGUCGUUAGCCACUGACAUCGAUGAAUCGAUUGAACAGCUGAACCAGUUGAUUCUGGAUUUGGACCCCGCCUUCAUUCCUGUUCCCACCUGCUGGUCCCCCGCAUCCCACUUAGUAUCACUCAACGCCAACGGCCUUAACCAUAAAGGAAAGGUCCAGCUGUCAGGUUGGGAGCUCAGAGAUGUGACAGACGGUUCUGGACUCUACAGUCCAGGAUGGAGAGGAGGUGGAGCUCAGACCUUCAGGAGCGCCACAGUUAGUGGCUCAAACCUCCUGCUGUCUCAGCUCGGGGAGCUCUACAAAUCUAACAGCACAGACGUCCAGGGGACAGCCAUGGACAUAGUCCCGCCUACUCCGGCGUUCCCAGUUUCACCUCCAACACCCUACGUAAAAACCUUCUCCGAGGCGUCCCAGUCCAGGUCCAGUGGACAGUGGCAGGCACCUGACUGGACACAAGAUUCUCGCGGUUACCUCGAUGGCAUGAACCACACCGGCGGCUCCACAGAGGGGGAGCUGUUCAGAUCAGACACGCCCACUUCCUUCCGGAAGGUGUUUGGUUCUAUGUGCUCGGUGUCGUCUGGAAGUCCCCGCCCACACACUGACAGCUCCACUCCUCCUCCUCCAGUGUGGCUCGACCGGACUUCAAACUCGUCCUCCCCUCCUCUCUCCCUCAGCACUCCCAAUGCCCACAGUUCUCCCCGGGGACCCCUAAAGGGCCUGGGAGGUCUGGGCGUAAACUCAGAGACUGAAAACACAAACUUAUCUUCGCUGCUGGGGAAUGGAGGCCUGGAGCACAGCCUGCUGGAGGUGAUGGAGGACCUUGGACGACUGAGCCUGGGAUCCGGAGACGGGAUCCUCCCUCCACUGCUGCCUGAAAAGAGGAGAGCGGCUGAAGGGCGAGAGCUUGGCUCCCGUUCUCCUUCCUUCAGUGGGUUUUCCAGCCCUCACAGUGGCAGUAGUCUCAGCAUCCCUCUUUCACCAGCAGUGAACUCUGACCCCCACAGGAUGCACAGCGGGGCCUCAUCACCUGGAGCAGAGUCUGGUGGUAAGCAGGACACUGUGAAGUUUGUUCAGGACACAUCCAAGUUUUGGUACAAGCCAGAUAUUUCCAGAGAACAGGCGAUCGGCGUGCUAAAGGACAAAGAGCCGGGCGCUUUCAUCGUCAGGGACAGUCACUCCUUUCGUGGCGCGUAUGGGUUGGCGAUGAAGGUAGCCACGCCCCCUCCAUCUGUGCUGCAGCACAGUAAGAAGAAUGGAGACAUGUCCAAAGAGCUGGUGAGACACUUUCUGAUAGAGUGCACACAGAAAGGAGUGAGACUAAAAGGCUGCCCCAACGAGCCCUACUUUGGAAGUCUGACUGCUCUGGUGUGUCAGCACUCCAUCACCCCUCUGGCUCUGCCCUGUAAACUCAUCCUGCCUGACAGAGACCCGAUGGAGGACCUGAAUAACUCGCCUGUGCAGACGGCGGCCAACUCAGCAGCUGAGCUUCUCAAACAGGGCGCAGCCUGUAAUGUGUGGUACCUGGGUUCUGUGGAGUUGGAGUCACUGACAGGAGUCCAGGCUGUCCAGAAGGCCACCACGCAGACCCUCGCCAUGGACCCGCCGCCGGCCUUCACCGUGGUCCACUUCAAAGUGUCGGCACAGGGCAUCACGCUCACAGACAACCAGAGGAAGCUCUUCUUCAGGAGACACUACACAGUCAGCAGCGUCAUCUUCUGCUCUCUGGACCCACAAGGACGCAAAUGGACCAGAGACAGCGGCUCCACUGCAAAGAUCUUUGGCUUUGUUGCCCGGAAAUCCCAAAGCGAAACAGAGAAUGUGUGUCAUUUGUUUGCUGAGCACGACCCUGAGCAACCAGCAAGCGCCAUUGUCAACUUUGUCUCGAAGGUCAUGAUCGGGUCACACAAGAAAUGAGGAAAAGGUGCUCCAGAUCUGUGUGCAAGGACCAGGGAUCAGUGCUCGGACCUGGGAUCACUGUCACAAACUAAUGGCACAGGAACAAAACAAAAACAGAUCCAAUCUGCAGAAACUUUGUGCACAAAAACUAUGAAUCCAAACCCUUUGUGAUUGUUGGCCUGGCUGCACUGCAACGUCCCACCAGUAGAGGGAGGCAGCACAAAGACAGAACCACUGGAAUCCACUGCAGGAUGAGUGUGUGUGUGUGUGUGUGUGUGUGUGUGUGUGUGUGUGUGUGUGUGUGUGUGUGUGUGUGUGUGUGUGUGUGUGUGUUGUACUUCAUGCCUAAAAUCACUGAUGCCUUUUCAUGAAGGAUGUAAUCUGAUUUGGGCACGCAAACUUCCUCCUGUCUGUUUUUCACACAUUAAACACGCUGUUACACUGACUGGCAGCACGGUGGGUCAGUGGUUAGCACUGCUGCCUCACAGCAUGGUACUGAUUCCCACCUGUGGCCUUUCUGUGUGGAGUUAAGUCAUGCAGGUUAGGUAGAUUGGAAACUUUAGAUUGACUGUAGGUGUGUGUGUG